UGUUCAUCCUACUGCAAGAACGGUCUUUAUCCCUCGUAAUAUGUACUCUGAUUAGCACAUUUUUAAAGGGAAUGCUUUGCGUACCGGUUAAUACGACAGAUACGGUUAAUGCGAUUUCGACGACGCCCUCCAUGGUUGGUAUUGGGGCGUCUACGAGGGACCUCGACGACGACUUGAAGCUUUUCUACGACGCCAUCACGGAUAAGUUGUCUCCGUUGAUAUUUCGAAUUGGAAGCAAUCGCCAAGUGAGUUCACGGUGCAAGUCGGAUCUGUUGAAGACGUUUGCGGCUGCGCAGGAGGAUCAGGUGUGGGCAGUAAAAUUGUUGACUGCCAGUGGGUUCUUUCCAAACGGCUUCUUGGAAUGGGGUUUAGCCAACUUGGGAAGCCAGGACCAGUGCCUCCGCGUAUACAAUCCUCCAGACAUCCGGGGCCAAUACUGCACUCUGUUCUGGAGACCCUCUACGGAGUACCUCGUUCGCCGAGACCGUCUCUUGGGUCACGACAAGCAUCCUCGUCUGGAUACUCGGCUGUGGUUGAAUAACACUCGGGACAGAUUCCACGUGGGAUUGAGGGCUGGAGUCUGCACGCCUUCCACUUGCUCAGAGGUUGAGCUCAACCAUCUGGCAACAGCAGCAUUUGCGAUAUACGGUGCAACAGCGUCCAUGAGGUUCUGCCAUGUAGCAUCAAGAGGUGGAUUCUCCUCGCUCGAACUAGGAAUUAUAAUCCUCUUCAUCCUGAUGUCGCUUAUGGUCACCAUCGGCACGAUCACGGAAAUCGCGCUACGGUUUUUCGGCAACGGAAACGAGAAAUCCGGUGGAAAGAUUUGGAGACGGUUCGUCCUGAGCUACUCGGUCGUAUCGAACACGGAGAAGCUGUUGGACGUGACCCCCAAGACAGAAGAAGCAGAGAGGUUACGGUUCUUGCACGGCAUCAAGUUCUUCAGCACCUUAUGGGUCAUCCUUGGACAUGCCUACUACUGCAUCCAGCCGGACGCCGUCACCUCUGUUUUUAGAGCCAUUGAGUACACAGAAUCCUUCCAUUUUCAAGUCGUGGCCAAUGGAUUCCUUGCGGUGUCCACAUUCUUCUUCAUGAGUGGAUUCCUCUUGACGUACUUGACACUCAAAGCGUCCCAGAACCGCAAGAAAACGAACCCAGGACUACAAAUGGCCGUUAUGAUUACAAGAAGGUACCUCAGGAUGACAGUGCCCGCGUUGGUAGUGGUCCUGGCACUCUUCUUGAUGCCAGUAUGCGUAAGAGGUCCGCUUGCUGAAGAAUAUUUUUUCAAACACUACAACGGCUGUCUGAAGAACUGGUGGACUGUCCUGCUCCAUACCAACAACCUUAACCGCUUCGAGGAUAUCUGCAUGGAUCACUAUUGGUACAUCAGUGUCGAUAUGCAGAUAUUUCUUAUUGCGUCCGUUCUGUGUGUUGUUAUGACCAGAAACCUAAGGACUGGAAUCCUGGCUUUGACUGCUUUAGCCCUAGUCUCUACAGGAGGAGUUGCCGUUCAAACUUUCGUUAAAGAUUAUCAUCCAUUAAUCUUGUUUUGGAAUCCGGACACCGACAAAACGACAGCAACGGCAGAGCAGCUGUAUUCACUGCCAUUCAGCCAUUUCGGAAGCUUUGCCAUUGGAAUGACAACAGGCGUCUGCGUGCUCAAGUUCUACCACUAUCGCAUCAACAAGUGGUGGCAAAUGUUCCUGUGGCCCAUGACAGUGGUGCUCACGGCGGCGGUGACGUUUGCACCCUGGAAGUGGAACAACCUUCAACUUCCUCCCAGAAGUGUAGCUUCAGCGUACGCUGCUCUGCACAAGGACGUAUGGGCGAUAGCUCUCUCGUGGGUCACCUAUGCCUGUUCCACUGGACGUGGAGGUGUGGUAACGCGGCUGCUGUCGUGGAAUGCUUACGUCGUUCCGAGUCGGCUCACCUAUUCGGUGUACCUAAUCCACUACCUCGUGUACUUGGCCAGGAUGGGAGUUAUCGCGGAACCGUUGCAGAUCCACGAGUUUCUUCAGUUGAAAGACUUUCUAGGGGUAGCUGUGCUGAGCUACCUGUUGGCCUUCGUGCUCUACUUGGCGGUUGAGGCUCCCAUAGUAAACCUGGAAAAAAUCUUCCUGGGCCGUGUCACGGAUGACAGCGAAGCACACUUUCAGGACGCGCGUGGAACGAUGCGGGAGAAACAUGGACCGAUCCGUAAAGCGAGCGAAGCACAACAGAGUAAACUGUGAAGAAGGUUGCGCGAUCUAAUAUACUUCGACCGCUGUACUUGAAACCUGAGAGUGGGCAAGGCUAGACGACGAGUCUCAGGGUUUCAAAUAUGGAAAGUCGUGACCCCCAGCUGGACUGCUUCUUUGCACUUACUUAAAAAAAAAGGACAUAGAAACUUGAGAAGCAUUUGAAUACGAAAUCGCACUUUUAUUCUAUCAAAGUAAAUACACACGGCUCGUUCUUGCCGUACAUGAGGCACGAAAGCUGGUAUAGUCCAGGACUGUAGGAUCGUGCAAUUUCUUGGACGACACCAGUCGCUUGAUGCUUCGGCCCAGUUAUUUCAAAUAAAUAGGGCAUUGAUAAGAUUC